AGGGGCCAGUUCCUCUUUCCUUCCCAAGCACAGUGGAGGCCCCAGCUCCCAAGCGGCUGACAAGCUGGAGCACUGGUGACAGGGAGGAGCUGAGCUGCACUCCUGCAAGGACUCCUUCUCCCCCAGGGAGCAUGAACAGGAAAGACAGCAAGAGGAAAUCCCAUCAGGAAUGCUAUGGAAAGGCAGAGGGACGGAGUCGGCCCCGACAAGCCCGCCGUCACAAGACAUGCCCCAGCCCCCAGGAAAUCAGCAAGAUCAUGGCAUCCAUGAAUCUGGGCAUGUUGAGUGAGGAUAGCUGCAAUGAAGACGAGCUGCUGGAGAAGUGCAUCCAGUCCUUCGACUCAGCUGGCAGCCUGCACCGUGGGGAUCAUGUUCUGAAUAUGGUGCUGGCCAUGCACAGCUGGGUGCUGCCUUCCGCUGACUUUGCUGCUCGGCUGCUCACCUCGUACCGGAAGGCUACAGAGGACACCCAGGAGCUGAGGCAGUUGCAGAUCUGCUACCUGGUCAGGUACUGGCUGACCCACCAUCCAGAGGCUAUGCACCAGGAUCCUCAGCUAGAAGAAAUUAUAGGUCGUUUCUGGGCCGUGGUGGCCCAGGAGGGCAACUCAGCCCAAAGGAGUCUGGGAGAUGCCUCCAACCUCUUGAGCCCUCGUGGCCCUGGCCCACCCCAUCUAAUGAGCAGCCCAGGCCUGGGCAAAAAGCGCAAGGUGUCUUUGCUUUUCGAUCAUCUGGAGACAGAGGAGCUAGCUCAACACCUCACUUACCUGGAGUUCCGGUCUUUCCAGGCUAUCACGUCCCAGGACCUGCGGGGCUACGUUUUGCAGGGUUCUGUGCGGGACUGCCCCGCUCUGGAAGGCUCCGUGGGUCUGAGCAACAGCGUGUCCCGCUGGGUGCAGGUCAUGGUGCUGAGCCGCCCCGGGCCUGCCCAGCGCGCGCAGGUGCUAGACAAGUUCAUUCGCGUGGCACAGAGACUCCACCAGUUGCAGAAUUUCAACACGCUGAUGGCGGUCACAGGGGGCCUGUGUCAUAGUGCCAUCUCCAGACUCAAGGAUUCCCAUGCCUACCUGAGCCCUGACAGCACCAAGGUCCUGCUGGAGCUGACCAAACUCCUCGCCUCCCGCAACAACUAUGCCCACUACCGCCGCACUUGGGCUGGCUGCACCGGCUUCCGGCUGCCUGUGCUGGGUGUACACCUCAAGGACCUGGUGUCCCUGCACCAGGCACAGCCUGACAGGCUGCCUGAUGGCCGCCUGCACCUGUCCAAGCUGAACGGCCUGUACCUGAGGCUGCAGGAGUUGGCGACCCUCCAGAGGCAGCACCCCCCCUGCAGUGCUAAUGAAGACCUGCUGCACCUGCUCACGCUCUCCCUGGAUCUCUUCUACACGGAGGAGGAGAUCUACGAGCUUUCUUAUGCCCGAGAGCCCCGCUGUCCCAAGAUUCUGCCGCCAUCACCCUUCAAAACGCCUCUGGUGGUGGAGUGGGCCCCUGGGGUGACACCCAAGCCAGACCAGGUCACCCUGGGUCGGCAUGUGAAACAGCUGGUGGAGUCCGUGUUCAAGAAUUACGACCCCGAAGGCCGUGGCACCAUCUCUCAGGAGGACUUUGAGCGACUCUCAGGCAACUUCCCCUUUGCCUGCCACGGGCUCCACCCACCUCCCCGCCAGGGGAGUGGCUCCUUCAGCAGAGACGAGCUGACAGAGUACCUGCUUCACGCUUGUGCCAUCUGCUCCAAGCUGGGCCUGGCCUUCCUGCACUCCUUCCAUGAGGUCACCUUCCGCAAGCCCACCUUCUGUGACAGCUGCAGUGGCUUUCUCUGGGGUGUCACCAAGCAAGGCUACCGCUGCCAAGACUGUGGUCUGUGUUGUCACAGACACUGCAGGGACCAAGUGAAAGUGGAGUGUAAGAAGAGGCCAGGGGUCAAGGGCAAUGUGGGCCCCCCAGGAGCCCUUGUCCCAGCCACACCAGCUCCUCGUGCCAGCUACGGCUCCAAGGAAAAUCUCUCCUACACACUGUCCCUGGACCCUGAGGCUGGGUGCUACCUUCGCCAUGCUUGGACACAGACAGAGUCCUCACAUUCUUCCUGGGAACCAGAGAUGGUGAGGAGGAACCCCCAGCAACAUACAGGGGUUUCAGGCCAUUUGCCUGAUGGAAACCAGACAGAUUUGGGAAUCACAGGAAAGUACAAAACAUGCAAGAGUUCUUGCUUGAGUGGGAGGGUGUAAACUCUGGCUAAUUUUUAAUGUUGACAGCAAAAUAGAUGUUGAGUAGGGAGAAGUAACCACUAGAACAGAAAAAAAGGAAUUAAGGAGAAAACAAUUAAGAAGGCAAGAAUAAGCCUCAUAUAUCUGGAGCUACAAUAAAUGUCAGUGGAGUAAAUUCUACCUUCAAAAGGCAGAGACUCUCAGAAGCCCACAGAGGAUAUCAAUUGAUCCAUUUAGCCACAGUCUGGGUGAGGCACUGUAACUCACUGCAAACUGUUUCCUGGAUAUCUUAUAUUCUUCUUGUUACCUGUCUUCCUUCUUCCAGGUCCCAUCGUCCACCGCGUCCUCCAAGCUAGAGUCCUAGAAAUCAUCCUGGGCUCUCCUCUUCCUCUCUCCUCCCCUAACUCCCCAAAGGCACUGCCUCCUCCCCACUCACACUGCCUUUGAUGAAGAGUCCAUCAUCUGUUACCCAAAAAAGGUUCUUUUCUUUGUUUGCGUUUCACUGGCUGUUAAUUUCAGUCCUUUGUGCACUUAGCAUCUGUGCAGCUCAGUGUUGGAUGCACUUGGAGUUAGGCAUUGUGUUAUCAACUCCAUAACCUCCUCUUCAUAGAGAAGGAGAUGGAGGUUUGGUGAAGUUAAGCCGCCUAUCCAAGGUGUGAGAGGACCCUGGUCCUCUAACAUUGAAACUCUGGACCAUUAUGCCACAUUGGUGGUUGGUAUAGGUCAGGAAUGGAAAAGAUGGAUGGAGGGCCAGGGCUCCAACCACUGGGGUUGCACGUAGGUGAGAAGGCUGGGAUGGGGAGCCUGUGAACACGAGUCAGGUCAUGCCCCUUCUUUGCUCACAGCCCUCCCAUAGUUCCUCUCCCUCAGAGUAAAAGUCAGAUCUCAUGUGGUUCACAAAGCCCCACACAAUCCUUGCUUAUCCUCUCUCUGACCUGUCCUCCCACCUCUCAUCCCCUCACUAAUCCUACUCCAGUUACACUGGCCUCCAUCUUCCUUAAAUAUGCUCCAAAAAAUCCUACCUCAGGGCCUUUGCACUGGCUGUUUCCUUUGUCUGGCCCACAUGCUCUCUUUGGGAUUUUGUUGGUGACCUCAGAGAUGUGACCCCUGCCCCAGUUCUGGCAUUCUUGCUCUUUCUCCAUAGGGUUGUUAUCAUCUGAAAAAACACACAUCCUAUCCUUUUAACUGUGGUGCCCUCAGUGUUUAGAACAGGGCUGGCACCAGGUGGGCACCUGCUACAUGUUUGUCCUGUGCCUGAAUGUGUCCUUCCCCACAACCACAGAAAAGUGCCAAAGAGCAAAGGAACUUGUGGGUCAGAACGGCAGGGGCCUAACCCGGGGACAGAAACCCCUAC